AUGGAAGAAUGGGAAAAAUGGGAGAACAGGACAACAGGACGGGAGGAGGACAACAGGACGGAGGAGGACAACAGGACGGGAGGAGGACAACAGGACGGGGGAGGACAACGGACGGGAGGAGGACAACAGGACGGGAGGAGGACAACAGGACGGGAGGAGGACAACAGGACGGGAGGACAACAGGACGGGAGGAGGACAACAGGACGGGAGGAGGACAACAGGACGGGAGGAGGACAACAGGACGGGAGGAGGACAACAGGAAGGAGGAGGACAACAGGACGGGAGGAGGACAACAGGACGGGAGGAGGACAACAGACGGGAGGAGGACAACAGGACGGGAGGAGGACAACAGGACGGGAGGAGGACAACAGGACGGGAGGAGGACCAACAGGACGGGAGGAGGACAACAGGACGGGAGGAGGACAACAGGACGGGGGGACAACAGGACAGGAGGACAAGUGA